AUGGACGAAAUCCAAGUCGACAAGAAGCAUAUUCAGCCAGCAGAGAGCAGCACUCCGGACUAUGGGGCCGCUAAAUUAACGACUAUUGAUGAUUAUGAAGUUGAAGAUUUCUACGGAUCCUCCACCACCAAGGCGUACCGCUUGAAGUCUGAGUUAGUCGGAAAAUGCAUGGAGGAAAUUGGGAUGGGCUGGUUCCAAUGGAAACUCUUCGUGGUUACCGGUUUUGGAUGGAUAGUGGAUAAUUUUGCAUCCCAGGGCAUUGGAAGUGUCCAACCUCCUAUUAAGCAAGAGUUUUCCGGCAUCGUGCAAGUCAGCUACAGCUCCGUUGCGUACUAUGUUGGCCUCAUUUUGGGUGCUUCGUUUUGGGGUCUGUCGAGUGAUCUCAUCGGGCGCAAGCCAGCUUUCAAUUCUACGCUACUCAUUGCUGGUAUUUUUCUGUGUGCCGUUGCUGGGUCGAUGAAUUUUCUCGCAUUCAGUGCACUUUGGGCAGUGAUUGGAACCGCUGCUGGUGGAAAUGUGCCUGUUGAUUCAAUGAUUUUCCUAGAAUUUGUUCCAGGAAGUCAUCAGUAUCUUCUCACGGCUCUAUCUGCAUGGUGGAAUCUGAGCCAACUGAUUGUGUCAUUGAUUUCUUGGGUAUUCCUUGCCCACUUCAGUUGUCCGACUGAUGCCACCCCAGAAACAUGUUCUCGGAGUCAGAACAUGGGAUGGAGAUACACACUCAUCACUCUAGGUGCUUUAGCCCUUGCCUUUACCUUCCUUCGUAUUUUCACUUUCAAACUCCCCGAAACCCCCAGAUAUCUCCUCUCCCAGGGAAGAGAUCAGGAUGCGGUCAACGCGAUAAAUUACGUUGCCAAGCAAAAUGGCAAGCCAGAGCCCCUGACACUUGAGAUGCUGCAAGAAAUCGAUGCUCGAUUUGGAAAUGCCCCAAGCGAAGAAGGGGAGUCUAAGCGAAUGUCAACAAAGGAGAUCGUGAACGAGAACAUGCAAGCCUUCCGAGGGGAGCAUUACCGUGCAUUAUUUGCCACUCGAAAGCUUGGAAGACAGACGUUGAUUAUCUGGGCCAUUUGGUUGACAGUUGGGAUUGCAUACCCACUGUUUUUCGCCUUCUUGCCAUCCUACCUAGCAACCAAAUUCACAGAAACAUCUUCUCUCUCCCUGACAUAUCGCAACUACUGCAUCACCUCAGCUGUUGGAAUAAUCGGACCAUUAUCAGCCGCUGUAUCAGUAAACACACGCAUGGGCAGAAGAUGGAUGAUGGCAAUUUCAGCCGCGGUCACAGGCGUGUUCCUCUUUGCAUAUGUCGGCGUCAACAGUCCAUCGGCUGAUUUAGCAUUUUCUUGUAUUACCAGCCUUCUAGGGAAUUUCGAAUACGCUAUAAUGUACGCGUUUACUCCGGAGUCCUUCCCGGCUCCUCAUCGUGGCACUGGUUCUGGAACGGCGGCUGCACUUCUUCGAUUCGGAGGGCUCAUUGCUAGUCUUAUCUCUUCCCAGACCGGCUUCACGACUGCACCAAUCUAUGCGAGUGCAGCAUUGUGGAUUGUUGUUGGCGUGAUGUGUCUGGGGUUGCCUUUUGAGACACAUGGACACGAUGCGCUGUAA